AUGAAGCCUACGCGUUCUAAGAGUAGAAAAGCUCUCACCAUUGGUGCUGAGCAAAGCAAUGCAGCUUCACAAGAAGACAUAUCUGAAGGGCAGGGGCCUCCAAGGACCCAGCCCGCAAACGAAGAAGCCAUCACUCGUAUGGCCGAGUUUGUAACCGAGAACCCCAACAUCUUUGAGGAGUUGGGAAAAUAUUUAAAGAGGCAAGGCAAGCAGAAGGCUGAGUCCUCUAAAAGAAAGUCAGAUGGAUCUCCUGAAGGUUCAUCUGAAGAGGAGUCUGAUGGGAGGCGCCUAAGCCGGAGUGCGUCGAAACGAGCGUUUUCCAAGGCCACCUCCAAGGUAGCCUCCCUAACUAAGGCCUUUUCUCGAGGUCUCCUGGGGCGACGACCUGAGGAAGAACCUCGGCCCCUGGGAAUACCUGGGAUGAAUUAUAUGAGGGCCCCGCCUUUUACCGACGACAUUAACGAGGAAAGGCUUCCUCCAAACUUCAAUCUGCCCGCGAUACCGUCUUAUGACGGCCGAGGUGAUCCCGAGGAUCACAUUCAUGCCUUCAUCUCGGCCUUCCGCUUAUACUGCAUCCCUUACCCCGUCAUAUGCCGAGCCUUCCCAGUAUUCCUCCAGGGGACAGCUCGAAAAUGGUUCUGGGGAUUAGAACCUAGGAGCAUCUCAACCCUGGGAGGACUGGUGGAAAGAUUUCUCCAUAGGUUUAUUUCAUCCCGACCUACGACCCGAACCUCGGCUUAUCUGCUGAACAUGCAGCAGAACCCGGGUGAGUCACUUCGGUCGUAUGUUCAGAGGUUCCAUGAAGAAAGCGUGCAGAUACCUGAUCCUAAUGAGCAGGUCACCAUCGCCGCUUUCACCCAUGGGCUCGUUUCCGGGGUGUUCAACACGGGGAUUCACAAGAAAUAUCCCCGCACCCUCCACGAGCUGUGGUUAAAGGUUGAGAAGGGCAUACAAGCCGAAGAUCUCAACCGCAUGAAAAAGGAGGACUGCAACGAUCUCAAGAGAGAGAUCGAGAACCUCAUUAGACAAGGCCACCUCAAGCAGUUCAUCCGCCUAAGUGGAGGUCAUCCGCGUGAUGAGAAUCAACGUGAUAAACGAGGUGACCAACUCCAAGAUGAGAGGCGGACGUCGAGAACCAGUUGUCGACCUCCUGAGGAUCCUAGGGAGUCGAAGAGGCCACCCGGAGACGGAUCCUCAGGUCAAGGAUUAGGAUAUGGACCAAAUAUUGCCGGAGUCAUCAACACCAUUGCCGGAGGUCCGACGGGAGGAGAUAGUCAAAACUCCCGGAAGUGGACCUACAGACAAGCCAACCCGGAUCAGGCUGAGUCGAGCUCUCGCCUGUCCGAGGUGAUUACUUACGGGCCCAGUGAUCCCAUCCCAGCUGCCUCCAGCAGUCAUGAAGCUUUGGUGAUUGAAAUCCUCACCAAUAACUACAUCGUGAAAAAGGUAUACAUUGACCCGGGGAGUUCAGUUGACGUCAUGUACCUCCGUACCUUUGAGAGCCUUAAACUGGCCAGGGAGUGCAUGACCCCGGUGAGAACCCCUCUUGUCGGGUUCGGGAGACACAUUGUGCACCCCGAAGGGAUGGUGACUUUGACAGUGACUGUAGGGCAUCACCCCCGCUGCAGAACCAUCCCCGUCAACUUCGUAGUGGUCAAGACUGACUCCCCAUACAACUUACUCCUAGGCCGACCUACACUUAAUGCUUUGCGGGCAGUAUACUCCACCUAUCACCUAAGCUUUAAGUUUCCUACUCCAGAGGGGGUAGCCGAGGUCAGCAGCGACGUCUGCGCUGCCCGGGAGUGUUAUCUCGCCACUCUACAAGCAGCCUCCCCGUCCACCUCCGGAGCAAGGCCCGAGAGGAAGUCAAAUAUCCUCUCAAUAGAUAGCAUCGAUCCUCAGCGAGCUGAGAAGAUCCCGAGGCUGGAGACUGGGGAUGAGGUGGAAGAAUUCCCUCUGGACCCCACGAAGCCUGAUCAAACGAUUCGGGUCGGUACCCGAUUGCCCAAUCUUGUCAAAAGAGGUAUGGUGAGCCUCCUCAGAGAAUACCGGGACGUCUUUGCUUGGGCCGCAGAGGAGGUUCAAGGGGUCCCGCAUCACCUCAUGAUACAUGAGUUGAACGUCGACCCCCAAAUCCGCCCGGUCAAACAGAAAAUAAGGCACAUCGGCCCUGAGCGUAGCCGAGCUGUUGGCGAAGAGGUGGACAAGCUCCUCCCUGCAAAGAUCAUCCGGGAGGUCCAAUAUCCGACCUGGUUAUCCAACCCGGUCAUGGUAAAGAAGGACACUGGGGUUUGGAGAAUGUGCGUCGACUUCACCGACCUCAACAAAACUUGUCCCAAGGAUUGCUACCCGUUGCCCAAGGUCGAUACCUUGGUGGACUCGGCAAUGGGUUAUGAGGUCCUCUGCUUCUUUGAUGCCUUCAAAGGGUACCACCAGAUCGGAAUGAGUCCGAAGGAUCAGGAAAAGACCUCCUUCUACACUGACCGAGGCACAUAUUGCUACACCACUAUGCCUUUCGGAUUGAAGAACGCCGGGGCCACAUACCAACGCUUGGUUAACCAAGCCUUUAAGUCUCAGAUCGGCCGGAUGGUUGAGGCCUACGUAGAUGAUAUCCUCCUCAAAAGUCGGACAACCUCCACAUUCCUUGCCGACCUGAAAGAAGUCCUGGAAGUCUUUCGGAAGACGCGAAUGAUGCUAAACCCCAAGAAGUGUGUCCUGGGGGUAACUUCGGGGAAGUUUUUGGGCUACCUCGUCUCCAGGCGAGGUAUUGAAGCAAAUCCAGACAAGGUGAAAGCAAUUCAAGAAAUGUCUCCACCUCGGUGCGUCCGCGAUGUCCAAAGGUUGACGGGGCGGUUGGCCGCCCUGAAUCGAUUCCUAUCGCAUUCAGCCUCCAAGGCAUUGCCAUUUUUCAAAGUCUUCAAAAAGGCCAACAACUUCUCCUGGACUGAAGAGUGUCAACAGGCGUUUGAGCAACUAAAGGAGUACCUCAACCACCUCCCAACACUCACUUCACCUCGCCCAGGGGACAAGUUAAUCUUGUACCUAUCUGCUGCCGCUGAAGCUGUAAGUGCCGUACUGAUAAGGGAGGAAGGUGUCCAAACACCUGUUUAUUAUGUUAGCCGAGUCCUCCGAGGUCCGGAGACCAGGUACACUCAGGAGGAGAAACUUGUGCUGGCCUUAAUUCAUGCAGCUCAUAGGAUUAAGCCCUACUUCCUGGCCCAUCCCGUCUGCCUGAGGACAGACCAACCACUUCGGCAGGUCCUAUCGCGACCGGAAACCUCUGGACGCCUCACCAAGUGGGCCAUCGAGCUGGGAGAAUACGACUUAUCCUAUGAGCCUCGCACGGCAAUUAUAGCCCAGGCUCUCGCGGAUUUCCUUGCCGAGCUUACUUUUGAGGAAGUGAAUGGGACCAUCCCGGCUACUACCCAAGCUGUCACCUCGUCCACCGCCGAGCCUCAACGAUGGACCUUGCAUGUGGAUGGCUCAUCCAAUAGUGAGGGUAGUGGAGCCAGCUUGCUCCUCGAAGAUCCCCAAGAAGAAAUUUGCUCGUAUGCCUUGAGGUUUGAUUUUGCUGCUUCCAACAAUGAGGCCGAAUACGAAGCAGUCAUCGCCGGCCUGCAGUUAGCUCGCAAGCUCGGGGCCGCGCAUAUCAUGGUCUAUAGCGACUCUCAACUCGUCGUGUGCCAAAUAUUAGGCGAAUACGAGGCCAGGGAAGAGGUGAUGCAUCGAUACCUCUCCAAGAGGAUACCACGGUCACAGAACAGGAGAGCUGAUGCUCUCUCCCGGCUCGCUUCUACCUCUUUUUCUGACCUGAACAAAACGGUCCUUGUAGAAGUUCUAGCCGAACCGGGGUACGAAGGGGAAGAGGUGUAUCCCAUCUACCCUGGGGACACCUGGAUGGGACCGCUAGUUCGAUUCCUCAGCCGAGGUGAACUCCCCGAAGAUCGAGCUGAGUCACGCAAACUUCAGCGUAAAGCAGCUCGGUACGCCUUUCGACAGGGCCUCUUGUACAAGAGGUCCUACCUCGGCCCAUGGCUACGAUGUAUCACCCCAGAAGAAGGCGAUAGAAUUCUUCAAGACAUUCAUGAGGGACUCUGUGGUGCCUACGUCGGUUUCAGGAUGCUCGUGAAAAAGGCUUUGUUGUUGGGGUACUUUUGGCCCACCAUGAGGGUAGAUGCCCAGGUUAUGGUCCUUUGCUGUCCUUCUUGUCAGCACCAUGCCCCUGAGCACCACCAACCAACCAAUCUUAUGAUUCCUAUCACCUCGUCGUGGCCCUUCGAGCAGUGGGGAACUGACAUAAUCGGCCCAUUUCCAAGGGCUCCGGGUGGUUAUACCUACGUGGUGGUAGCAGUGGACUACUUCACCAAAUGA